AUGGAGUAUUUAUUAAGAGUUGAAAAUAGUGGCAAUGAGCGCGAAAAUGCGAGCAAAGAAGGGAAAACAAAUGAAUUUGAAGAGUUUGAAAAUGAAUGGAAAAAUGUACAGAAUGAUUUGAAACAACAGAUGAUUGAAAUAGAUAAUGUAGAUUUUGAAAUACCUUUUACUACAUCUGAUGAAACAGAAGAAGAUAAAAUAGAUAUCGAAGAGGUAGAUGAUGAUGAUGAUGAAAAAGAAGAACAAACUACUACUACUGCUACUACUACAACAUCUACAGCAGCAGCCUCUACAACACCAAAUAAAAGUAAUAAACUAAGAUAUGUUGGAGGUGUAGAUAUUAGCUUUGUAAAAGAUAAUAUGGAGGAUGCAUGUGCAUCGAUUGUAAUUUUAAAGUAUCCAUCGCUAAAGGUCGUCUAUGAGAUCUAUGAGUUUGUAAAGCUGACCCUUCCAUAUAUUCCUGGGUUUUUGGCGUUUAGAGAGUGUCCCUCGUUGAUACCACUGAUAGAACGAAUCAAAACGGAGCGACCUGAACUCUUCCCACAGGUAUUGCUUGUCGAUGGCAACGGAAUGUUACAUACUCGUGGUUUUGGACUGGCCUGCCAUCUCGGUGUUCUGGCGGAUCUGCCAACGAUAGGUGUCGGCAAAACAUUCUUUUGCGUCGAUGGCAUGAGCAGUAAACAAGUGAAACUCGACGUUGCCAAACACUGUAAGAGUGCAGGCGACUAUCUACCGUUGCAAGGUGAAUCCGGUAAGAUUUGGGGUGCUGCUGUCAUCAGUCAUAGCAAUAGUACCAACGCUAUAUUCAUCUCGCAAGGCCAUCGACUCUCACUCGAUUCCUCACUCAAAAUCAUCAGAGCAUGCACAACAACCAACAGAGUACCAGAACCAGUUAGACAAGCCGAUCUUAGAUCAAGAGAUUUCAUAAGAAAGAACUAUAAACCAUGA